ACAUUACAUAAAGAGAUGGAGGUUAGAGAUUUGUGGACAAACUUUGUAGUUUUGUAUAAUUCACAUAAAGUCUCUGUUCUCUACAGGUUGUGUGAUUGUGAUAUUACAGAUGAAGGUUGUGUUGCUCUGACUUCAGCUCUGAGAUCAAACCCAUCACACCUGAGAGAACUGGAUCUGUCUUAUAAUAAUCUCACAGAUUCAGGAGUGAAGCUGAUCUCUGAUGUACUGAAGAAUCCUGACUGUAAACUGAAGAUACUGAGGUUGUGUAUGUGUAAUAUCACAGAUGAAGGUUGUGUUGCUCUGACUUCAGCUCUGAGAUCAAACCCAUCACACCUGAGAGAUCUGGAUCUGUCUCAUAAUAAUUUCACAGAUUCAGGAGUGAAGCUGAUCUCUGAUGUACUGAAGAAUCCUGACUGUAAACUGGAGAUACUGAAGUUGAGUGGUUGUUAUAUCACAGAUGAAGGUUGUGUUGCUCUGACUUCAGCUCUGAGAUCAAACCCAUCACACCUGAGAGAACUGGAUCUGUCUUGUAAUAAACUCAAAGUUUCAGGAGUGAAGAUGAUCUCUGAUCUAAAAGAUGAUCCACAUUAUAAACUACAGACAGCCUUACAGACGAUGAUUAAAGAUGUAAAGAUGUCUGAUCUUCAUUAUGAUCGGCUGGUGAAUAAGAAGACACAAUAG